AAUUAAUACAGGCCCAGACACCAUUUUUUCUUUUUAUAUAUAAUUGUCUUCAAUCCUUUGAAGUUGCAUUUGGCAUUUUGUUGACAUUUCAGGACUGCUAUUAUGCUUGAGAAUGAGAAAAGUUAGAUCUGAGAGAGCCCUUUCUGAGAUGUGGAAGGUAUUUAAUCUAUUGCUGCUAUACAAAUACUUAUUAUUACUACUGCUAUAAUUACUAUUUCUCUCUAUUUCUUAACUUGCUAAUCUGGUACAUUAUAUGAUUUGAUAAUUUGAUUAAUCUGCCCCAUGAGCAUUGGAUUUGGUAAAUAUAUUAAUGGCUAAUAAUCAAUCAGUUACUUAUAUUAUUUUGAUAAUAAUGCAUGGAAACAUUAUAUUGUCGACAGGUUGCAGGUUUAGCUGUUGUUUCCAUACUAUGUUUCGCCUCAAGUGCUUUGGUGGCUCUAUUAACUAAUAUUCCUAUGCUUUACCAUUGCUAUCAACAGCCAGUGAAUGGUGUUUAUACUGCUCUUUUGCUGAUUUUAUAUUAUUUUGUAGGUUCAUCAAUACCCUCAGCGUAUGUGUUAUGGGUGAUAAAAGAAUUACCACCCUCAAUAACAGCUAACACACGACAACGACUAGAAGACUCAAAUACAUUAACUUUCAUCAGUGAUGAUUCCAAUGCAUUACCACAUCCUCCGAGCUGGACUGCAGCAAUGAGCUUGCGGAACCAGGUGCAGGUAUCAAGAGCAAGUCCAAUAUAAUUCUUCCUGUUUUCGCAACUCUUAAAUACACUUGACGUACCUGCAUGCGAAGCAUGUCGUUGCUGUCCCAAACUAUGAAAUGAGCCGAAAGCACUGAACUAUUAUCCCA